AAUCCUUAGUAUCGGCGAUCGUCUCCAAAGCCUGAAUCGGCGCUCCACUUAGUCCCCUCUGCCUGGGUGUACUGUACUUCAUUACCUUGCAGAAGCUGCUCUCCUCUUCCGGGUGUAGGAAGAUGGCCGCGCCCAGCGGUGUAUAACAACACAGGUGGUUUGACAUAACAAUCUCAGAAUGGACUUCCUGUGGCUUUUCAUCCUCUAUGUGUCUGUUCUUGUUCUCUGUGUUUCUGCUUAUUGCUGCUUGUCAGGAAGAUCCAGGAGCAGACUGAACAGUGUGUUCUACAGAGCUGAAGAGGCACUUUCCAAUGUGUUACCAACAUGGCUGCACAGUCGUCUUACCAGCUGCUUCUAUACAAGAAGUUCAGCUUUUGUGGUUCUGCACUUGGUUCUGGAUGCAGCAGUGUUUGCGGAAUACACCUGGGAGGUGCUGGACUACAGCCUGGAGAUGGAACAACAUUGGAUGUUUGUCUUCCUGCCCUUUGCCUUAAUCACUGUGAAUCUCUAUUUCUUUUACAAAUGCUGCAAUUCUGAUCCAGGGACGGUGACAAAAAGCAACGAGGCGUUUAGCACUGAGAUGUACCAAUAUGACAACGUCAUGUUCCAUCAAGGGAGAAAAUGUCAGACGUGUCUCCUGAUGAAGCCAGCCAGAUCAAAGCACUGCGGUGUAUGCAACGUCUGCGUGCAGCGAUUUGAUCAUCACUGUGUGUGGGUAAACAACUGCAUCGGAGCCCAGAAUAUCAGAUACUUCUUCCUCUACCUCGUCAGUCUGUCUUUCACAGCUCUGUCAAUGGCUGGAGUCAUUGCAGGAUUCCUCCUGCAGGUGGUGCUGUUGUCACAUAUGAUGCAUGCAGCCUAUAAGGACAUGGAAGGCCACGAAGAGUUGGUUGGCAUCGUUUUCAUCAUUCAGCACCUCUUUCUGACCUUCCCGCGGAUUGUCUUCACCCUGGGAUUCCUGCUCAUCCUUGCUCUGAUACUUGGCGGCUACACCUGCUUUGUGUGUUACCUCUGCAUCACCAACCAGACCACCAACGAGUGGUACAAGGCCCGAGGGCUCAACUCCUCUUCAUCUGCUAGGACUUACUCCAGAGGCAUUAUGGGUAACCUGAAAGAAGUUUUCCAGCCUUAUACCAGUCAUAGAAAGAAGAGAUGAGACUGUCCUAGAGUGACUGCAGUGUUCAAAGGGCACCUGUCACACACAUUAUGUAGGAUGCUUGGUAUGAACCAGCACUCAGAUGAGUGCCACAAUGACAGUUCUAGUUCCUAGUCAAUGGAUGGGGCUAAAGUACUUGGCCUUCACACAACAUGGCUGCUACAGCUGGGGAAAUGGGAGCAUAAUAAUCUUCCUAAGGCUCCUUUAAUGCUUUAUAGCACUGACCAGCACCAAGAGCUUAUGCAUUAAAUGCCCACAGUGCAGCAUGAUAAAAAAAAUUACCGUAGGGAAAAAAAUGUUUAUAGCCAACUAUCAAUUGUACAGUUGAACCUCG